AUGGGCUCUAUUAUGUCUGAGCAACCGAUUCCUGAGCUCACAGCUUUGGAGCGCAUCGGGCCGAAGGGCUAUCUUCGUUAUAUCUUCCCCUUUCAGCUCCAAGAGGACUAUGACUUGGAUGAAGUUAUUGGAGUUCUUCAGGCCGGGUACCAAGAUCUCAUACAACGAAUCCCAGAGGUCGGGUGCGAAGCCGUUCCCGAUGUCAGUUUGAAACAAAGGGGUGUCAUGAAGCUUCAGAAACCGGCCAAUGAGGACAUAGGGCGCAUCGUGGUCAAGGACCUGCGUGAGUCCUAUGAAUCCGAUUACGCGGAAUUGAAAGGUAAAUCUUUCCCGGUGGCCUCCUUCGAUGCCGAUACGUUCUGUGCCCGUUCUGUUUGGCCUUCGGCUGGAGACCAACUGCCAAUCUCACUUGUGCAGGCUAAUUUCAUCCGCGGAGGGUUGGUCUUGUCAUGGUGCAUCUUCCACAUGGUGGGCGACGGUACGACAUUCUAUACUUGGACAAACAUCUGGGCAGAGGCGUGUCGGCGGGCACAGGGACUAAACAUCCAGGAUCCCAUCCAGCUUCCAGAGGCCAUUUGGAAAGACCGCGCACAAGUGACGAAAUCGUCCGGCCGCAAUGCUGGAAAAAUCGAAGACCAUCCAGAGUAUACCCUUCUUCCUUUCACACCCCCGGGAGCCCCGCCAAAGAUGACUUCCCUGAGCCAUCGCGGUCAGAUUUUCUAUUUCUCGCCGGAAUCCUUAGCAGCUAUAAAGGCAGAGGCGUCCCCAGGCAAUGCGACCGAGCCGUCUGAUCAAAAAUGGAUCUCGACCAAUGAUGCUCUUGCGGCGCUACUCUGGCGUACAGUUAUGGCAGCCCAGUCGCCGCUAGAGACUCUUGAGGGUGACCCUAUGUCUGUUUACAAUAUUGCGAUUGAUGGGCGGCAACGGACCGACCCCAAGUUGCAUCCAGAGACUUUAGGAUGUUUCCUGGAGUAUGUUUCAGUCUCGGUGCCCGUCCGCAAAAUUCUUAGUACGCUGAGUCUGGCCGAUCUGGCGACGAAGAUCCGCAAGGCACUUAUAGCAGCCGACGAGCAGUUCACGGAUGACGUGGUAACUCUCGUAGAGCAGGUUGAAGACGUUGAUCGGCUGGUACCUACCGCGUUCCUGGAUGUUCCCGGUUUCAACUGUGUGCUAACCUCAUGGGUGAACUUCAAAAUGUAUGGGCUAGAGUGGGGACCACUGCUGGGCAACAAUAUUGAGGCUAUACGAGUGCCCCAUGUCGGUUGCAUUAACGGCGGUCAAGUCGUGCUCCCAGUGUUGCCGAAUGGUGGUAUGGAGAUUCUGGUCGGCGUGGAAGGCAGUUCCUUGGACCGACUGCUGAAUGACCCCUUGUUCACGAAAUAUGGUGUGGCUCGGUAG